AUGAUGAUGGCGCAGCCAUUUCCUGCCCAUCAGGGGAUCCCGCAGCAUCCCGGUAUCCCCCCGGGUCACCCAUUGGCCCCUGGUCAGCACCCAAAUGCUCAUCCCGGUGCCGGAAUGGUACAGCAAGUACAUCCCGGAGUAUCAGCUCCGGGAGGACCUCAGGUCACUCAGGGCGGGCCAAUGAUGGGCGGGAUGCCACCAGGUGCUGGAACAACCGCGCCUGGCGGACCUGUACAGGCUCAUGCUCUCUCUCACCUAAAUCCAGCGCAAGCGCAUCUAUUCCAGCAACCACACUUUGCGCAACAGUUUGCCAAUAACCCUCAACUCAUGCAUCAACAGCAUCAGCAACAACUCUUGAGACAGCGGAUGCUCUUUCAGCAACAGCAGCAACAACAACAGCAACAGCAUGGAGGGCUUCCCGUGUCAAUGCCCAAUGGUACGCAGGCAUUGAAUACCGCUCAGCUGGCAGCCAUGCAGAAUCCUGGGAUGCGUCCGGUCAUCUCCCAAAUGCAACUUCAGCAGAUGCCUCAUGGGCAGCCGCAGAAUAUACAACAGCAACAGCAGCAAUUUCUGGCUAUGCAAGCCCAGCAGGCCCAACAGGUGGCUCAGCAAGCACACCAGGCCCAGCAAGUGCAACAGCAGACGCCACAACCAGGUCAGCAGACUCCACAGCAGCGCCCAGCUCCUCAACCUCAAAGUGUACAUGAUGCACAAAGUGUCACCCCUCAACCGCAGCCGAUGCCGCCGCCGCACCAGGGAAGUGCUACCCCACAACCAACCCCUCAACAACAUCCACCUACGUCUCAGCCGCCGCAGCAGCCUGCCGUUCCGCAGCCGCAGCCAACGCCCAAUCCGCCACCACAGCAAUUACCGCAGUCCCAGCAACCGGUUCAGCAGGGUCAGCAAGGUCAGCAGCAGCAACAGCAGCCGCAACAACAACAACCGCAGCCACAACCACAGCAGCCACCGCAACAGCAGCCCCAAUCGCAACCGCAGCCGCAACCACAACAGGGCCAGCAGGGUCAGCAGCAGGGUCAGCAACAACAGCCGCAGGGUCAGCAGCAGCAGGGACCGCCGAUGACAGCCCAGGAGGCUCAGUUGAAGGCGCAGCAACAGCAGAAUGCGAUGAUGAUACAGCAACGGAUGAACAUGAAAGGGGCGACGAUACUAUGCCUUAAUACAUUUGCGGAACAGCUCAGUAAUUUCACGAGCCGCGGUGAGGCGCACGACUUGUUAUACUGGCAGUCUUUCGUGGAUAAAUUCUACUCCCCCUCUGGCGUUUUGCGACAAGGAGUAUGGAAUCCGCAGACCGGCUCUAAACAGUUCGAGAUCGCAACUCCUGCACUAGCACGCUACUACCUAACCCAGUUCACAAGCGGAAUUCGUCACAUUCAAAUGGUUGUUGAAAAUGCACGGGAGAGGGACUCACCAAAUGGGGGUCAUAUUGUCGAAAGUCUAAAAACCUCAUUUAUAUAUUGGUUUGUCAACGAUACGCAGAUUUUUACCAACGGAAAAUUGAGGGCGCACUUCGAUAUGAACAACAAAAUUGAAAUGCUUGAUAUCGAGGUCACGAGUUAUACUGAGUACCUUCCUCGCAGCCAAUUGCAAGCAUUGGAGGCUGCCGACCAAAAACAAAGUCCGAAAGUUUCUAAGAAUAUGGGCAAGCGGGCUCAACAGAAACAGGCCCAGCAGCCUGCCUUUACCUUGCCCGAAUCUAUGGUGACCGCCAAUGGUGUACCUUUCGCUGUAAUGAGCUUCUUAGAGGUCGCCGAAACAAUUUCUCAAAUGCAAUUGCUAUUCCAAUACUCUCAACAGAACCCUCAACUUUCGGCCCCUGAGGCGCUGCGUAACCUCGUUAAUAGUCUCCCGACUCAAACGCCAACCCCCGGGUUCAUGCCAGCCCCGAUGAACCCAGCGAUGCAGCCUGGCCAGAACCCGCGGGGCCCCAAUAUGAAUGGACCCAACCAGUUUGCUUCUCCAGCAAUGGCCCAUCUUGGUCUGCCAGGCGCCCAAGGGUCGCCCCAUCUUGUCGGUUCGGCUCAUCCAAGUCCGGCGCAAAGCCAUCUUGCUGGCCCUCCAGGUAUGGUGCCACAGGGUCAAAUGCAACCUAAUGUUGGCCAGGGCACGAGCGCUAGUGCCAGCCCGAAUGUUAGUCAUAAACGACGCCGGGCAAGCACAGUCAAGAUGGAAAGCGAUGAUAGCGGUGCUCCGGAGGUCAACGGCGUCGCUGCUCCGGGACCAAAGACGGUAAAAGCUAGUCCUCGAGUGGGUGGUAAAAGGCAGAAAGGCACUGCUAAUUAGAGGAGUUAUUGCGAUGGGCUUUGUUCGCAUUUUUUUGGUGACAUUUUCAAUUUUCUCAAGAGACGGGGAACUGGCGUACCGUUUUUGGAUACCUUUGCGAUGCUGAUCUUCUCUUUUUUCUGGGGCCUCUAUCCAUUGAACAUAUCGGAUUAUCGUUGUUAUUGCAAUUAUGCGCGGUCUUUUGUCGGUGUAGUGUGAUUGAUACGGUAUGGCUGUUCGUUGCGACCUCGGUUGGUGAUGCGAGGCACCGGCCUCACUGAAGUCCAUAUCGCCUACUACGCAUUGUUCCCGCCGUACCCGAUCUACUUUAUUGCUUGUGGUUUGUUUGCUCGGAGUCCAUGUCUUGUGACUUUGUUCUGCCUCUGUAUCUUGUGGAGGUGAUGUUGCGAGACGCUGAGCUCGAUUCCCAAUAGCGUUACUGGUCAUUUUCUACCAUUCGGACCGCUCUAUUGAUAUCCAUGUCUUUCCAUUGGCGAUUGAUGUGUCUGGCGUUGGGCUUCUGUUCUCUGGAAAUAAUUCUUGCUGCUAUUUCGUCUGUGCUGUACGUUUGACACUGCAUACUGCGCCGUUUGGGAAUGUACCUGAAGAGAUAAUGUAGUUAUGGCUCUAUUGAUUGAUUGACUGAUUUCGUUU